AUGGCAACUGAGAUGGAAUCAUCCAUGGGCCUUCCACAUGUCGAACCUAUCAGCACCCCUGGCUCGCACACAGAUUUCGAUGCCAACACCAACGCGCCGACACCGGCAUCGGCUGCCCCCAGCAAGCAGACGCCAUCUCCAUCCACUUCGAAUGGCGGCAACACUUCGGCCGGUACCUCCAGGAGGGCUCCGAGGAAGUCCACCUUGACUCAGCAGCAAAAGAACCAGAAGCGGCAACGUGCGACACAGGAUCAACUGGCUACCCUUGAGAUCGAGUUCAACAAGAACCCGACGCCCACUGCGCUUGUCCGCGACCGUAUAGCUGAGGAGAUCAACAUGACCGAGCGAUCUGUCCAGAUCUGGUUCCAAAACCGACGUGCGAAGAUCAAGAACCUUGCCAAGAAGAGCCUGGAGACCGGCGAAGACAUUGACGCCAUACCCGAGUCCAUGCGCGCUUAUCUGGCCAUGCAAGCCAUGGAGUCCGGGAAAGGUCUCGGUGGCAACUACUUUGGCCGUACUGGUCUGUCGCCAUUCGGUCAUGGAGGCAUGCUCAUUGGAGACCCGAACGCCAAAGUUUUGAUCAACCACCUGACUUGUCGUUCUCUAAGCGUCGGCGAGUGGACACGCGUCGGUCAGAACGCCAUGGACCUCGUCGUCUUCUAUUCUCCCGACAAGGGUACCAUUACCUAUUACAUCAACAACGAACAGGCUGGUUACAAGAUUGAGUACCCGUUCGCCUAUGUGAAGAACAUUUAUCUCGAAAACAACGAGACAGACCCUUCCAAGAUGGGUGGCAUCGUGAUCGAACUUACGCGGCCACCGCACUUCUUCAUGGACUGCUCCAACGGGGCAGGGUUCUCUCAGGUCGGUGACUUUACUCAAGACCAGCAAGCGAGUCAUUGUCUCAUGCACCACCUCGGAGGCAACCCCAAGGUGUUGAGCGGACAGCUAGCCAAGCUGGUGUCUCUCGAGACGUUCAUGAACCGCCACAAUCCUCACCAGAUGGCAAUGGGACAUCCAUUCCAGGACCCCCAUGCGAUCUCCAUCUCGGCGCCCGUCUCGCCCCAGGCCCGUCCCUCUUCACAACCCAACUUCAAUCACCCGCCGCCAGUCAACAUGUUCCCCGAGCAAUGGGGCAUGCAUCAGAUGCAUUCGGGCAUGCGCCCGCCUCAAGGCCACAAGCGUCAGCGCUCUCGCUCUGUGCCCGGACCUGUCGACUUUGCCAUGUUCCAGAACCAGCCAAUGCCCUCAUUCUACAUCCAGCCUCCCGGCGACAUGGGGCCUCCCCAGCACAACCCGCACAUCUACGCCCCUGUGCCCCAUCAGCCGACCCAUGUCAACACAAACCUGCGAAUCGACACACAGGCAGGCUUUGGACUCGACAUGCGCCAGUACCCCAUGUCUGCCACGACGGCAUCACCUUCAGAGUUCCCGCAAAGCCCCGGCUUCUUCCCUCCAACUCACCAAGACGCGGGGGUGAUGCCUCCGCCAACGAACUAUGCUGGACCUUCCUACAACCAGGGAUACCUGUCCCCCAUGCCUGGGGCUGAGGGCAAUACCCCGGGGCCGACCUCGAUGCAAUACCACAGUCCAUCUGAGCCUUCAAUUGUCGAGCAGUCUCCCCCAAUGGGCAUGGUGGGGCGGUCCGGCUCUGCUGAUGUGUAUGCUGGCAACGACGGCUCCUGUGCCGUGUCUGAGGAUGGCCACAGCCUUCACGACAUGUACUCGAAACACGCUCUCAAUCUUCCGAUGCAGUCUCAAUCACCGGCUUACGGACAAGCUCAACAAAACGAGCUUGAUAUGGACCAACUCGUUUCGUUCGACCACGUUGAUCCUACAAGUCUUUCGCCCGAGCCCUCGGCUUCCCACUGA